AGCUUUCGAGUAACCUGUAGCCGUCAGUCGCUUCGUGCGAGCCGUAACGCAAGUGACAGAUCACGUCAGCUGUUCGACCUCGCUCCUAAACACGCGGCAAUAUUCACCGCGAGGGGAAACAAAAAGAAGAGACAGCCUCCCUGUCCGAGGAGAGUACGAAUCAUCGAAUUGUACGAGGGAAUAAAAACGGGAAAAAGCGACGGGACCCGCGCAGAUGUAUCGUCCAUGGAGAAAGACUUUCGUAGGCUUUUACGAAAUCGGACGCACAAUUGGACGUCUCCCGGCGAGUGCUCUCUGAGAGUAAAGUACUCGAGGAUUUUAGAAGAUCCUCGAAUAUAAAAAGAAUCGCGAGAGAUUACAACCCUUCGAUCAAGUCUGGAGAAUUAAAAGCCGCGAGGGCGCGAGAAGAGGCGAGGAGAGAAACCGGCGAUGAGCCGGUGACCUUAUGGUGAUACCUUAUUGUGAUCAGCGAAUUGUGAUAUAUACUUGUACGUUUUAUACACGAUACGCCGGUAUAUCGUGUACGCCUGAUUGAAAAGAAGACUAAUCUUCAUCACGACAUUCGUCAUGGCAGAAAAAAAUUGCGGCGCGCAGGACCCGGAGAAGACCUCGUUGGUAGACUCGACGCUCCUGCCGAAGAUCCAACCGUCCACGUUGCUCGAUAACGAGAGGACCGAUCUGAACCUGAACAAUGACCCUGAGAACGAUCGAACACCUCGAGGUAGCGCUGUCAGGCAAGUCCUGGCUGCAGUGGUGGCCCAACUCGGCACCAUCAACACGGGGAUGGCGUUCGGUUUCUCUGCCAUCGCUCUACCGCAACUCCAGGAGCCGGACAGCAUCAUUCCCAUCAAAGAGGGAUCGACGGAGGAAUCGUGGAUCGCUAGCAUGUCCUCCAUCGGCACGCCGAUCGGCUGCUUGGUAUCCGGCUACAUGAUGGAUAUGUUCGGCCGAAAACGUUCGCUCAUCAUCACGGAGAUCCCAGCUCUACUCGGAUGGCUGUUGAUAGCAUUCGCGACCGACAUACAAAUGAUAUACGCCGGUCGUUUCUUCGUUGGUCUAGGAUCGGGUAUGGUAGGCGCGCCAGCACGCGUCUACACCAGCGAGGUGACGCAGCCGCAUCUUCGUGGGAUGCUGAUCGCUCUCGCAAGCGUUGGGGUCAGCACCGGGGUGCUCAUAGAGUACGCCCUGGGAAGUAUAGUAACGUGGAACGUCUGCGCUGCCAUCAGCGCUCUUUUGCCGUUCACCGCGUUGCUACUGAUGUUCUUCUUCCCAGAGACCCCGUCCUAUCUCAUAUCGCGCAACAGGCCGGACCAAGCGGAAAAGGCGUUGCAAAAGUUUCGCGGCAGUACUUACAACGUGACCCGGGAGAUGAAAACUCUGGUAGAGUUCUCCAAUAAGAAUAACAUUAAACGACUCACCGGAUUCCGAGAAAUCGUGUGCGCCUUGUUGAAACCCAACGCGCUGAAACCGUUCACUCUAUUGUUUCUGUAUUUUUUGAUAUAUCAGUGGUCGGGUACCAAUGUUAUAACUUUCUACGCAGUUGAGAUCUUUAAGGACUCGGGGGCGAGCCUGAAUAAAUAUUUAGCCGCGUUCAUAUUGGGAAUAGUCAGACUCAGCUCCACGAUCGUAGCUUGUGUCUUGUGUAGAAGAUGCGGCAGGAGACCACUCACGAUGGUGUCUUCCAUCGGUUGCGGCUUGUCCAUGCUAGGAUUAGGCGGAUACAUGUGGUAUAAAAAUUACAGCGUCGAGAAUGAUCUUACACUUGUCGCCACUUGGAUCCCGGUUCUUUGCAUAUUCACGUACACCAUCACGUGCACUCUAGGUUUCCUGGUGAUUCCAUGGGUGAUGAUCGGCGAAGUUUAUCCCGUCCAGGUACGCGGUAUUAUUGGCGGAUUGACCACCAUGUGCGCGCAUACGUUUGUCUUUAUGGUGGUCAAAACUUAUCCGUUUCUCGCCAACUCGCUAACUCGUCAUGGUACGUUCAUUCUUUACGGUUGUAUAUCCUUAUUCGGCACUAUAUACUUCUAUAUAUGUCUUCCGGAAACUAAAGGUAGAACAUUACAAGAGAUCGAGGAUUAUUUCUCUGGUAGAGGCGAUACUCUGAAGACAGGAAGAAUAAAUAACAAACCAAAAGUCUUAGAAAUUAAGAAGGGCCAGAUAUUACCGUGAAAAAAGGACCAUUUUAAUUGUAUAACUUUUAGCAUCCGUCUACUUAAAUGACUAUUUUAGUUAGAAAAAGAGGAACGCAUUUGCAUGUAUCAAUUAAGUAUAAUUGCAAUCGAUCCGCCGAAAAAAUAAGGUGGAAUUUAACAAAAGAUAUUACUCAUUUUAUUAAAAACCAUAUAUGAAAUGGGCAAAGUACUCAAAAGAUUCUGACGUUUGCUUUGUGACACAAAUAAUUUACUUUAAAAAAUAAGAUAAAAUGUCUUUAAACAAUUAAUAAUGAUAAGACACAAAUGUAAUGUAUUUUAUUGUUUAAAACGAUUACCUCUAUACAAGUUACCAGAGAAAAAAUAUAUUUUUGUAGAGUAUACAUAUUUGGUUCACAAAGCAUGAAAGUGAUUAAUUAUAUAUAACUAAUAAUAAAUAUUACAUUCUUGUAACAUUAAUUACACAGACAUAGUAAAAUAUUAUUAAAACAAAUCAGCAAAAAAUAUAUAAAUUUAAAUA